CUUUUGGUUUGUCCGCCAGCCAAUGGCGGCGCGCUUUGUUGCGCUACAUCGUCGAAUGUAGUGCGACCGUUGCCACUGAGCAGACUGUUUCCGUUUUGAUUCCCCCCUCUCAUCCUGUUCAUUGGAAGCUCCUCUCAUUGUUUUGUGUUCGCCGUGAUAGGGGUUCUACAUUGAGGGGAGACGGCAGCGCUGCACCAUGCCAGAGUUUCUGCAAGACCCGUCAGUACUCACUAAGGAUAAGCUCAAGAGCGAGUUGGUGGCGAACAACGUGACUUUGCCGAGCGGGGAGCAGCGGAAAGAUGUGUACGUGCAACUGUACCUCCAGCACCUCACCUCCCAGAACCGCAGCACCCCAGACUUCUCCAGUGACGAGGAGAGGGAGGCCACCCCUGUGAGAGGCAGAGGCCGCCCCCCGGGAAGGAAAGCUACAAAGAAGACCGACAAACCUCAAGCAGAAGAAAAAGAUGACCAAAAUGUUACAGAACUCAGCAACGAGGCUCUUAAAGAAGAACUACUUAAAUAUGGAAUGAAACCAGGCCCAAUUUUAAGCAAUACUAGGAAAGUGUAUGAACAAAGACUUGCUAAACUAAAGGAACAAGGUCUGGCAUCUUCUGCUUCUGCUGAUUCAUCAAAAGUAGACAACAAACAAAAUGGAAACACAGAUUCUGAGCAAUACAGUGAUAAUGAAGAAGAGACUAAAAUAGAGUUGACAUUUGAAAAGAGAGAACCACUGAGGGGAAAGCCAAAGACCCAAGUAACCGUGCGUAACAGACGGACUGAAAAGACUGAGGUGGAGGAAGACACUGAUCUCAUACCAGAAUUAAAUGUCAAACGAAGUAACAGAUCUCCUCCUAAGGAGUUUACCCCUGAUGCUGAAGAACUAUCUACUUAUCUCCCUAUCGUGUCUGAAGAUAUAGUUACCGAGGCAGCAUGGACAUCUGGACCUUCAAAAAGUGGACCUGUGCAGACUGUUUAUAAGGAGUCAACAAAAUUAUCCCGGCGAACCCCAAGAAAAAGGGUGGUAGCUCCUGAUCCAGUCCCUUUUGAUGAUGCAGAUCUUGCAGAGGUCCCUUCUAUAUCUGAAACAGUAGUACCUGCAAGCAACCAAAUAUUAACUUAUGCUGAAAAUAAGCACUUUGAAUCUCGUAAGGUUGUUGAUCACGUGCCUGAAAGUUUGAAGCAUGCAGAGACAUUGCUGUCAGUGAGCGAAUUCUCAGAACUGAGCAGAAGAACCCCUAAGAAACAGCUGAUCAGUGAAAAAUUGCAGCAUUUGAACGUAACACGUGAAACUGAAUCCGCUUCUUCUCAAAUCAGGUUGAUUGAUGUUGAUAGUAUUGGUUAUGCAAACCCCAAUGAUCUUCUUAACACAGCUUUAAUAGAGGAAACGAAAAACAUCGAUGAUGACUCUUUGGAAACUCCAAAAAAGACAAAGCAGUUGAAAAUAACGAAGUUUGUAACACCUGUAAAAAAACAGCUUGUAGAAAAGACUUUUGAGGAGAGAAGAACUGAAAGAGAUAUUCUUAAGGAAAUGUUUCCAAAUGAAAUUCACACUCCAACUGGAAUCAGUGCCAGCUGUCGCAGGCCAAUUAAAGGAGCCGCAGGGCGACCAUUAAAUUCCACAGAAUACAAAAUAGAUGAAACCUAUACAUCAAAAUAUGUUUCAAAUGUUUCAAAGUACACACCAGCAGUGGAGGUGAAGGCAGAAAAAGUGAAACCUGGACGGUCAAUACCUGUAUGGAUAAAGAUUUUGAUGUUUGUCCUCUUGGCUGUGUUUUGCUUUUUAGUCUAUCAAGCUAUGGAAACAAAUGAAGGAAUAGCAUUUUCUAAAUUCCUUCUUGGCAUCACAGAAUCAAACAAGACUGAAACUGAUUUUUAAGUUUAUUUUUGAGGGGGGGGAUUGAAUUACAGUUUAUAUUUUUAACAACUCAAGGAAUAAGAAAACCUGCCAUUUGUCCCAUACUGUCUGAAAAUAUCACCGCACUUCAAACUUUUGUACAUUAAUAAAGAUGGUACAUUUGGACACCUGAAUUUCAUUCAUUAUUCUGGACAGCUAGAAGAGGAAUGUGUGCCAUAAGGGGGUUACAUCUUAUUAACAGAACUGCGUGGAACACUUUUUGUAGUGCUAUUUUUAAUGUGAACUGUCUUUUUUCAUUUUACGUUAAGAAUCUUAUUAUGAAGUUUGGAAAAGCAGUUUAAAUUCAAUGUGAAGUCUUUUCCUUCUCUCUGACAGAAAAACUUGUAAAAUACAAUUGUACUAUGAUUGGAGGGGGUUGAAUUCAGCUAGUUUAUUAUGUUAAAAAAAAAGUGAAGGGGAAUUUUUUUGAUAUAAUCAUGUAGCUUAUGUUUGGUACAUUGAUGCUUAAAAAGCCUGGCUUUUUAGACUGUACAUUUAGGACAUUAUGUAACUGUAAUCUUGUAUUUAUAGCUCAGAUUUUUGAAACAAGGGAUGUUUUUCAUUUCCCUUCAGAAGGUUAGUUAUUUUAUUCUUCUGCGUAGUUUGCUGCAAAUCAAAGUUUAAAGCAUCAAGCAAUUUUACAAUAUUGUGUGAAUCAAUGAGCAAUACAUACCUUUUUCCAAA